CAGUUCUGAGCCUCCUCGGCUCUCCCGCCUGUCGCGGGUGUUUAUCCGGCUGCUGGUCGACCUUUCCCGCGAAGGAGGCUGUGCCAUCAUUUGGUCACGCCCCGGGCUGGGGAGGCUCCUCCCUGGUGCGCAGAAACCGCAGGGGCGGGGAGGAGCUGGGCUCUGCCUGCGCCCGGGAGAGAGCGGGGCUGGCACUGCGCAAGGGGCCCUGCCUCCGGGGAGACUGAUUUCAGCCUCCUGACCUCGGGAACCCUGACUGUGGAGUGUCAGAGACGGAGGAGGACUUAGUGAUCUUGUCCAACCCCCUCCCCGCUUUUCACAGGUUGGGGAGAUGGGCGCCUGGAGAACGGAAAUCCAGUUAUCAAAAUUGACUCCAGAAGAGAGAAACUAACAGAACAAUAACAAUGGAGGAAAUUGAGAACAUUAUCAAAAAGCUAUCAUCCUGCCAAACGCCAGGCUCAGAUUGUCUUACAGGUUAAAAAAAAGUCAGUCCUUCAUGAAAACGAAAGACCUUAAGCAACACGAUGGAUUCAGAAGCUCAUGAAAAGAGGCCACCAACACUAACAUCUUCAGAACAAGAUAUAUCACCUCGUAUUACAAAUGUUGGUGAAAUGAAGCAUUACUUGUGUGGCUGCUGUGCAGCCUUCAACAACAUCGCAAUCACAUGUCCCAUUCAGACGAUCCUCUUUCGACAACAGCUGUAUGGCAUCAAAACCCGGGAUGCAAUAUUUUAGUUGAGAAGGGAUGGAUUUCGAAACUUGUACCCUGGAAUCCUUCCCCCAUUGAUGCAGAAGACAGCUACACUUGCACUUAUGUUCGGUCUCUAUGAGGAUUUAUCCUGCCUUCUCCACAAGCAUGUCAGUGCUCCAGAGUUUGCAACCUGUUGCAUGGCGGCAGUGCUUGCAGGGACAACAGAAGCAAUUUUCACUCCACCGGAAAUAGUUCAGACGUUGAUUCAAGACCACAAGCAUCAUGACAGAUUUACCAACACUUAUCAGGCCUUCAAGGCACUGAAAUGUCAUGGAAUUGGAGAGUAUUAUCGAGGCUUGGUGCCCAUUCUUUUCCAGAAUGGACUCGAUAUUUUAAAAACAACUGCAAAAGAUGAAUUUGAAUUGAAAUUCUCAGACGGUGUGGGGAUGGAGCAAAAUUGGCUGGAGGACUGUGGAGGCAAUUCAAAUGAGAAACGAAUGUGUUCAUUGGAUCCAUGGUAG